UUCACUUGGAACAACUGGAGUUGCAUUGGAAAGGAAAUACUACUCUGUGUCAGGCAGCGGAUCCUGCAGGACACAGACUUUGAGUGCUUAAACUUACUGUUAUUUUUUUAGUUAUUUAUAUCCAAGUAGAUGUACAUAAGUUUUAACGUUUCGUGUCGAAGCUUUUCGCUCAGUAAUCAUAAGGUGGUUAAGUUAGCGGGCGAGCUAGCUAGCUAUCUUAAGUAGCUAGCGCAGCUAGCUAUAUUUUCAUAGCUAGCUGGCAGAGUGAAGUGGAGAUAUGGAGUUGGACGACGGAGCCCUCUACCAGGAUGACUCUGGCUCCUCGGCGAUGAUGUCCGAGCGGGUUUCUGGUCUGGCCAGUUCAAUCUAUCGAGAGUUCGAACGACUGAUAGGAAAGUACGAUGAGGACGUUGUGAAGGAACUAAUGCCCCUCGUUGUCGCAGUCCUGGAAAACUUGGACGCGGUGUUCGCUGAGAACCAGGAGCACGAAGUCGAGCUGGAACUGCUGAAAGAAGACAACGAGCAACUUGUGACCCAGUACGAACGCGAGAAAGCUUUGAGAAAAGGCGUUGAAGAGAGGUACAUUGAGUUGGAGGACCUGCAGGAACAUGAGCGCAACGAGCUGAAAGGCCGCCUGGUGCUGCUGGAGGCCCAGAGCCGACAGAGUGACCUCAAGUUCAAGAACUAUGCCGACCAGAUUGGGAGAUUGGAGGAGAGGGAGGCGGAGCUUAAGAGGGAGUACAAUGCUCUCCACCAGAGACAUACAGAGAUGAUCCAUAGCUACAUGGAGCAUUUGGAACGUACCAAAAUGCAACAGAUGGUGGUGGAGCCGAUGGAAACGGGGACCCCUCCGACUAGAAAACGGAAGGAACGUCCAGUUUCCAUGGGCAUCUUCCCACUGCCAGGCGGCGAGACUUUGACCCCUGACCUUCCAAGGGAUGUUGUGGAGACUCCCGAGACGGACUCCUGGAGAUGCAACGACCUGAGCCACCCGCGCUCCAACACCAGUCUCAAGCUGGAGGACGAGCCUCCUCCUAAGCCCCAGGAGAGUAAGGUCCUGCCGGAGGUUUGGGAGACUAUCCUGGAGGAGACUCAGGAUGAGCUGUCGGGCGCACAUCGCGGUGGCUCCAAGUUGGGCACGCCCAUGUCCGAUGCAAGCCGUGGUGGGUCAAUGACGGGCACGCCAAUAUCCGACGCGAGCCGUGUUGGGUCCAAGGCAGGCACGCCCAUGUCGGAAACGAGCCGUGGUGGGUCCAAGGCGGGCACACCCAUGUCCACCACUGCCUCCGACAUGACUCGCGGUGGCUCCAACUCUGCCACGCCCAUGUCCAGCGCUACCUCCGGCGGCGUCGCCAUGGCGUCAGUGGACACGCCGCGGGUGGAGGAGGCGGACAGCCUGAACCGGAACCUGGACAGCAGCGACAGGAAGCCCGACAACAGCAAGAACAUCAUGAUGCAGGACGGCGUAGGAACGGGUGCAGGAGUGGGCACAUUAGCGGGCGUAGGAACGGUUGCAGGAGUGGGCACAUUAGCGGGCGUAGGAACGGGUGCAGGAGUGGGCACAUUAGUGGGCGUAGGAACGGGUGCAGGAGUGGGCACAUUAGCGGGCGUAGGAACGGGUGCAGGAGUGGGCACAUUAGCGGCCGUAGGAGCGGGCGUAGGAGUGGGUGCAGGAGUGGGCACAUUAGCGGCCGUAGGAGUGGGUGCAGGAGCAGGCGCAGGACUUGCCACUGGAGUGGGCGCAGGACUUGGCGCAGGAAUACGCGCAGGAACGGGCACAGACACAACCUCAUCAGAAUCGAUAGAAAACGCGGAGCGGUCAGAAGUGCAGGCGAUAAUUGAGUCCACUCCCGAGCUGGACAUGGACCUGAGUGGAUGCAAAGGAGCCAGUACUCCAACCAAAGGGAUCGAGAACUUGGCAUUUGACCGCAACACGGACUCACUGUUCGAGGAGCUCUCCUCAGCCGGUAACGACCUCAUAGGAGACGUGGACGAGGGCGCAGACCUGCUGGGUAUGGGUCGUGAAGUGGAACACCUCAUCCAGGAGAAUGCACAGCUGCUGGAGACAAAAAACGCACUGAACGUGGUGAAGAACGACCUGAUAGCGCGCGUGGACGAGCUGGUGUGUGAGAAGGAUGUAGUGGUGGGGGAACUAGAGGUGCUGCGCUCUGCCAAAGACAAGGUGGAGGAGAAGAACAAGGAGCUGGAGGAUGAGAUCAAGAGAGUGCGUGCAGAAUUACAGGAGGCCAAGCAAAAGACCAAAGAGCCUGACGAUGAUAGUGACGUCCCCACGGCCCAGAGAAAGCGCUUCACGCGGGUGGAGAUGGCCCGUGUGCUCAUGGAGAGGAACCAGUACAAGGAGAGACUGAUGGAGCUGCAGGAAGCCGUGCGGUGGACAGAGAUGAUCAGAGCAUCGCGGGAGAACCCUUCCCUAUCAGAGAAGAAGAAGUCUAGUAUCUGGCAGUUUAUCUUCAGUCGGCUCUUCAGUUCGUCGUCGAGCGCGUCAGCCAAGAAGCCGGAGGCGCCCGUGAACCUGAAGUACAACGCCCCGACCUCGCACGUGGUGCCCACGGUCAAGAAGAGGAGCAGCACCCUGGCCCAGCUGCCUAGCGACAAGUCCAAGGCCUUCGACUUCCUCAACGAGGAGCCCGAGGUGGGUAACAUGACGUCGCGGCGUGAGCAGAAGAGGGCUCAGUACCAGCAGGUGAAGGCCCACGUGCAGAAGGAGGACGGCCGAGUCCAGGCCUACGGAUGGAGCCUCCCCCAGAAGAGCAAGGUAAAUGGUGGUGCACAGAAGGAGGGCAAGAACCUUCCGGUGCCCGUUUACCUGCGGCCGCUGGAUGAGCGGGAUUCCUCCAUGAAGCUGUGGUGUGCGGCAGGAGUGAACCUGACAGGGGGGAAGACGCGGGACGGCGGCUCCAUCGUGGGGGCGAGUGUGUUCUAUAAGGACGUGUCGGGGGACAGCGUCUGCCUCAGCCCUGUGCUCAAGAAGGGCUCCCAGACCAGCCUAGAUAGACUGGAGCAGGAGCUAAAGGAGCAGGAGAAGGAGCUGCGGCAGCAGGAGGAGCUGUCCAGCCUGGUGUGGAUCUGCACCAGCACGCAGGCCACCACCAAGGUCAUAGUCAUCGACGCCAACCAGCCCGGCAACAUCCUGGAGAACUUCUUCGUCUGCAACUCCCACGUCAUCUGUAUGGCUAGCGUGCCAGGGGCACGAGAGACGGACUACCCCAUGGGUGAGGAGAUCCCCAAGCAGGACUGGGAGCAGGGCGAAGGGGCCAGAGCCGCCACAGCGAGCAGCAGCAACAGCACGUGUGGGGGCGCCAGCGAGGGCAGCGCCGCGGGCGCCCAGGGCGGCCUACUGGACGGCGUGCAUGUGGUGGGCUGCUCGGGGGAGGGAGCAGUGGCCAUCCCCCAGACGGUGUGCACCACGGGCCAGUCCGGCAACCUGGAAGCAGUCACCGCGAUCGUGUCUCCUGAGGAGGCGACCGAGGCCACGGAGAGCGGUCUGCCGUUUAAAGAGGGCAGCCACGGCCACUUGCUGGACCUCAGGGCUGGCGUCUACACGGAGCACGUGUUCACCGACCCGCUGGGGGUGCAGCUGCCACUUGAGACCCCAGCCUCCUACACACAGAGGGAGAGUGACCUGGUGAAGGACGGGGUAAGCUCAGCCUCGGAAGAGAAGGACCUCAUGAGGGAGGAGGCCAACAAGAUGAGCAGCGUCCUGGCCACUAUGUGGUUAGGGGCCCAAAACGGCUGUGUGUACGUUCACUCUGCUGUGGCUCAGUGGAAAAGGUGUCUUCACUCCAUCAAACUGAAAGACUCUGUCUUAGGCAUCGUUCAUGUUAAAGGGCGUGUGCUGGUGGCCCUGGCCGAUGGAACACUAGCCAUCUUCCACAGAGGAGAAGAUGGGCAGUGGGACUUGACCAAUUACCACCUGCUGGACCUGGGCCGCCCUCACCACUCCAUCCGCUGCAUGACCGUGGUGCACGACAAGGUGUGGUGCGGCUACCGCAACAAGAUCUAUGUGGUGCAGCCCAAGGCCAUGAGGAUUGAGAAAUCGUUCGAUGCCCACCCGCGGAAGGAGAGCCAGGUGCGUCAGCUGGCCUGGGAGGGCGACGGCAUCUGGGUGUCCAUCCGGCUGGACUCCACGCUGCGUCUCUUCCACGCCCACACCUACCAGCACCUGCAGGACGUGGACAUCGAACCCUAUGUCAGCAAAAUGCUGGGCACUGGGAAGCUGGGUUUCUCCUUUGUGCGGAUCACGGCGCUGAUGGUGUCCUGUAACCGGCUGUGGGUCGGCACGGGCAACGGGGUCAUCAUCUCCAUCCCCCUAACCGAGACGGCCAACAAGCUCACCUCGGGAUCGGGGAAGCAGCCCGGCGGCGCCAUCCGUGUCUAUGGCGACGAGAACAGUGACAAAGUGACGGCCGGGACCUUCGUCCCCUUCUGCUCCAUGGCUCACGCCCAGCUCUGUUUCCAUGGCCACCGGGAUGCCGUGAAGUUCUUCUGCGCGGUCCCAGGUCAAGUGAUUCCCUCUGCUGCGGCAGGUGGGGAUGGAGGCGGGGAUAAGCCCUCGUCGGAAGCCAAUCAGGAGCUGGGCAAGUCCGUCCUGGUCAUGAGUGGAGGAGAGGGCUACAUCGACUUCAGAAUGGGUGAUGAAAGUGGAGAGUCUGAAGAUGUGGAGACCACACUGAAGCUGCAGCCUUUCUUGGCCAAGGCUGAGCGCAGCCACCUCAUUGUCUGGCAGGUCAUGGCUGAGGACGACUAACUGGCCCCCCGUCCCUCACGCCUCUUCUCCCUCACACACACACACGCACAAACACACACGCACAAACACACAUACACACACACACACACACAUACACACAUGUACACACACCAUACCUGAACUCACACCACAGUGACGUGUGUGUGUAUCUCACAGAGACAAUCCACCCUCAUAUCAACACGCAUGUUUAAUUGUUUUUCUUUAACUGUCUCUCAUCCAUGCUUGUUUAGCCUUUCAUUUUAUAAUUUGUUUUUCUUUUGAUUCAUUUUAAUUCAAUUAAUGAUUAUUAUUUUUUUUCUUUUUAUUUAAUUAUUUUUCUCACCAAAACUCUUGUGUGUUCAUAUGUUGAGUUGCAUCGCGUUUGCUGUUGUUGAAGCUCACUCAUCACCAUACUGUAACAGUCCUCUUUGUGCUUGGGGAACUGUCUGUAUGUUUGCAAAUGACCAUCACCCAUGUGGUCACCUAAACAAGACUUCCUGACCCUCUCAGGGUCACGCACGGGUCACCGUAUCAGCCUGCACUUUUCUCUACGGUCCUUUGGCAUGAUGUGGAACAGCGACAACGAUGAAAAAGGAUCAAUGUUUUCAUUUACCAGACUUUGACAAAGUUCCGAUUUCUUUCUCUUUGAGUAAUUUCUCAAUCGGAGGAUUUCAUCUUCAACAAGCACGGUUAAAUACUGGCUAUCCUUGUCCGGAUCCCAUGUACUCUUGAAGUUACAAUGGUUGCUCUUAUGUUCAUCCAAACGUCAUAUUUGAUUUUAUUUUUAUUCAGUUGUUUACCCAUAUCUGGAGACUGGUGGAAUUGUUUUUGUCUGAGUUCUGUUAUUUUGACAUCAGUGUAUGAAAUAGUACGCGAAAGCACCUCUCACAGCUACAAAAAACGGUUUAGGGCCGAGGCAAAGAAACUCCAAGGUGGCUCUCCGUAGCCUCGGUGUAGACUUUAGGUCUUCCUUCUUUCCUGAGUUAGCUCUUGUUCACAGACACUUUAAGAAAAAGAGUAAUAAGUACAGCCUUGGGUUUUUUUGUUUGUUUUUUUGUUUUGUUUAUUUUAGCACAGCUAUGCUAGAAAUUUCUUUGACGAUUCAGAGCAAUUUGAAAUUGUGUGGCAGAGUAUUUAUAUUUAUACUGAAAAGUGUUACCAAAGGAAAAAAAAGAUAUUAUAGAAAGCUUUGCUAGUAAUCAACAUGACGCUGCCUUUUUGAAGUGGUCAAUACAGCCUAGAGUCGUGUGUUUGACUCUAGAGGGGUUAUAUACUGUAUGAAUACUUAUUUUCAGAUGUUUGUGCCGUAAGUCAAUCAGGAAUGUCUGCUCGUCAGGCGUACUUAACGAAUGAGUGUAGGGUGUUCGAUAGAGUUUUACGUUGGUGGGUUUUGUUUUGUUUUGGUCACAUAAUCAAUGGAAAAAAAAAAAAAAAAACGACAGAACUUUUAUGCCUAUUUUUAUGAUACCUUUUGUACAUGUCCCGUUUCGUACUGCGUGCGUGCGUAUACGACACACACACACGAAAGGGGAUCGUGCCGUCGGAUGUGUUGAGCGUUUGGACCCAAUCCUGGGUCCAUAGCUCAGGAGGAUCUCAGUGGGUUUGCAAAGUUAUUUUUUUUUCUUCUCCAGGAGAGGAACGGAAAACUUCAUAUCGAGAAAGAUUUAGCCAUUUCAGUAUUUAUUUCUAUGAAUGAGCCUUUGCAGUUCAGAAUGUAACUUUGUACAUUGGAGAAAAAAAACCUAUUAUGAAAUUAUAUCAAUAUAUAAAUACUAUAAAUAUGUAUAUGAAAUGUAGAUGUCUUGAUUUUAUUGUUUUUCUUUUUUUUUUUCUGGACAAUGAUUGUUACAGUUCAAGUGACAUUUCGAGAAGAGUCCUCUCAAGCAUCCCACUCUCAUCAAAUGUCUUUGGAUAUGUAUAUUUCCUUAGCUAUGCACUAUUUUAUAAAAGGUGGGGGGAUAACUGUGUAUGUGUGUGUGCGUGCGUGUGUGCGUGCGUGUGUGCGUGUGUGUGUGCGUGCAUGAUAGAAGAGUAUUCCCUUGCCACCAUUGAAGGGUGGGUGGAUGGAUUAGGGGACAGGGGGUUGCUGGUGCGUUGGUCCACCACAGUUCCCUACACGUCCCCUCGGAGGUGAAAGUCUAUGCAGCAGGAUGUAGGUCAACACUGUAGCCCCCCACAUACAUGCAGUGGCAUUGCCAUGACAACGGUUGUCCUGGAUGUACCUGUAUAAUGUUUACCCCCUCAGUGUCCUAGCCUUACUUUUUUUAACAAUCUAUUAAACUCAUGUUUUUUGGGGA